AUGGAACCAUGGAUGUUUAAAGAUAUUAUCGUUGACCUGGAUCCCAUAAUAGAAGAAAAGGGUGGGGGUGGGGCAUCCCCAAGCAUCCUAGUAGAUGCGGCUAAAGAUGAAAAUGUUAAUUCAUAUUCUCCUAAAGACAUGAGUGUUUGUGAUGAAAACAAUACUACUGCGCCAAUCCAGCCAGUAGUGUCAUCUGUGUCUACAAGCGCGAACAUUUUAGAGGUAGUUGCCUCCCCACCCCCCAUCCAAACUGCUGUAAACCCAGUUGGUUUACAUGUGGAAACCGCAACUACUAAUGAGACUAAAUCAUCAGAACCCCAACCGGGAAAUAAAACUAUCACUAAAUUAGUACUAACUAAUUCUACCGGCAAGACCUCAGUUUUGCAAUCAGUGGUUAAUGUCAACAGUCCACUAAUCACUGUUCUUAACUCAUCCGGGCCACUCACAGUGGUAAAAUGCGUAUGUGUCACAUCUGUAGUGUCCAGUGCACCUCAUUACACACUAGUAAAUUCUGCUGCUUCUAUAAAUCCCACAAAUGCAGCGGGGAAGCCACCUACCAUCACCGUUUUGAACCGUGGACCCUUGACUAGUCCAUUGAAAGGUGUAAAGAAUGUAAAUACUCAGCAAGGGACUGAAAAAUUGUCUCUAGAUAUCCAUCCUAUUGCAUCAAGUAAUGUACAAACUUCACCAGGUUCAAUUGAAAACAGAGGACAAAACGUUUUAAUUAAAAAUACACACUCAGACUCGAGCAUUUCUGAUACUAUUCAACAGGCUCCUAAGUUGCCCACAGUAACCAGCCUUUCACCGAGUAAUGUUCUGACCAACACUGCUACAAUUGGGAAGCCUAACACUGCAAAUGGACAAAAAAACAAGGUGAAAAUAUUCAGUAAUAUUCAAAUAGCAAAUGAAGGUGCAGCUCAGACAAAUUUUCAAUCAAAUAAACCUCCCAAUGUGCCACUACCAAGGUACAAUAUUGCAUCACGACAAAAAUUGGUUUCAGUAGAUGAUGCUUCUCACAAAUAUUCCAAACCAUCCAAUGUUCUAAAACCAAUAGUAACACCCACAAUUAAAUCACCUCAAGAUAAGCCAGCGAGGUUGUUACAACCGCCAAUACACAGAGGUAUAAUAAAAAGCAUACCAGGAAGUCAGAGUUUCAUACAGAAACCACAACAACAUGGAAUUAAAAUAUUGUCGCCUCUACAGAGAAGUGUUGCAAAUUUCCAUUCAAAUAUAGCACCGAGCACAAUACCAGCUCAAAGGACACAAAAGGUACAAACAAGACCUAAUUAUAUCGGAAAACAUGCUGUACAAGCUCUAAAACUAAAACAUCUGCCUGGAAAAUUGAAAGCGCCUCUAAGGCCAGCACCCAGUAUGUUUGGGAACUAUCAUAUGCCACCCAUACAACCUGAAAAACAGUUGACAUUUAAUCAGGCUUUAACUGCUCAGAUCAUUGAAACUUUAAGUAAUAGCAGCAGCAGCAGCUCUCCACCAGUUUCCAAUAAAUAUGAAGUAAGCCCAGCAAGAUAUGACAGUGCUUUUAACUGUCCAGAUAAACAGGUUGCGGGAACACCAAAAACUGAAGCGGAGGCGGUGGGGCCAACUCUUUCUCCACUCUAUCUAUGUAAAGUUGUUCUUUUGGAUCACAAUUACUAUGCUAGUUUGCCCUCGAGUUUGCCUGACCCUGACCUUGACACCCAAGAUACACAGGCUCAAGCUAAUGGCAUUCCUCCAUCAAGUUUCUAUAACACAUCACCACCAAAUAAGAGACGAUUUAUCAUGCCACCUACAAGUGCUCUGCCUACGGCGAGCAUUUCUACUGUAACCACAAGUCACCCGACCAUAUCUUUUCCUGAAGAUGUGAGUCAGAGUAAUGAUGAUGAUAAUUUUUCCGAUGUUUCUGACAUGUCAGAUGGGAAACGUGACACAGAAGAUGGUGAAGAAGGUGAAGAAACUGACACAGCUCCUGAGUCGGAAGAUGUGAAAAAUGACGAGCAUUAUGGGGAUUAUGUGACAAGGUGUAUUUGCCGUUUUGUGCAUGACGAUGGUUACAUGGUGGAAUGUGACAAAUGUAAAGUUUGGCAGCAUGUUCAAUGUGUCGUUAAAAAUCGUCAAAUCCCUGAUGAGUAUCUGUGUGAACUUUGCGAUCCUUCAAAGCCUGUGGAUCGCCAAAAAGCACGUUCACUUCAGGAGCAAUGGAUUCGUGAGAGGCAGCCUGUUGAAACAAAAAUUCGUAAAGAAGCCAAGCUCAAAGAAAAUUUGAGGCAGAAAGAAAGUAGUGAUUCUUCAGAUUCUUCUGAUGAUGAAAGGAUGGUGCGCAAUAAUAAUAUUAUUGCCAAGAACCGCACAGCUCCACGAGUUCGAAGAAGGUCUGAAAGUUCUAAGGUGAACAAGAAAGAAGGAAAAGAACCUGUACAAAGGCGACAGAAGCGCAAAGAAAAGAAAAUUAUUAAGAGAAAAUUCAAAUUUCCAAAACCAACUCAAUUUGCCAGUGAUGAUGAAACCCCUGAAACGUGGACUGCUCAUUUGCCCCAGCUAAGGCAGUGGAUUGAAAAAUAUGAAGAAGCUGUGACAAAUCAUUAUUCUCCAGAAUUGAGAGCUCGCAUAUCAAGCAUAAGAGUUAAUGGAGCAACUGCUGCUGAUUCUACCAUUACUUAUGAGGAAAAUGUCUUUAAUUGUCGCAUCCAUACACAGCCUCUCACAGAAAUUAAAUAUUUGGUCAGUACAGUGCAGCUAGAACCUAGUACUCCUGUCAUUGAACUGCGAGGAAAAUAUAUGCUUUCAACACAACACCGAAAUGCAGGAGGAUCCCUCACAACAAGGCAGCACAGUCAAAGACCAGGACCGUUCCUAUUUUUUUAUAGGCUUCAGAAAGACAAUACUGAAGUUUGUGUCGACACAAGGACAUAUGGGAAUAGCGCAAGGUUUAUAAGGCGCUCUUGCAAACCAAACGCGGAAUUACAGCAUUGUAUAGAUAAAGGAGUAUUGCACUUGUAUAUAGUAACUAUUGCUCCCGUCCCAAAAAAUUGCGAGCUGACUUUGAAACAUGAAUCUCACGAUUUGGCCUCUAUUGGUACAACACAGAUAGCAUGCGCUUGUGGCCGCCCUGAUGAAUGUACAGUUAAUGAAACUUCAAUUAAGAAUAAUGGGGAAUCACCAGAAGUGCCGAAGAAAAAACGAGGAAGACGGGCGAAUGCUUCAAAUAUUCCUGCUCCACUACCUACCGACAAAGUUACAUUUGUGGCUGAAGUUUUAGAAGAGAUUGACCUAUAUCAAUUCAAGGAGGAAGUCAAGACAGAAGUCAAGGAAGACAUCAAGGCAGAAGAGAAGGUAGAAGGUGACGUAGAAUCUAAAGAAAACGUGAAAGAAUCUUGUGACGAAAUCGAGCUACCAGAGUGUAAAGUUGAAAUAAAAGAAGAACUACUAGAACCUCCUGAAGACAUGAAGCCAGAGGCUGAUGUAAAAAUAAAAGCUGAGCCUCAGGAGGAACUUUCUGAAGUUGAAGAAGAAAAACAGAGAUCUCCCUCUCCUCUGCCGCCACCAAAACCACCAUUACAAAAUAAAGCUGAAGGAAAAAAGGAGAAGGAAAAUAUUGAAGGUAAAAAGGAGAAGGAAAAAGAAAAAAGGGAAACCAAAAAGGAGAAGGAGAAAGUUGAAGGCAGAAAGGAGAAGGACAAAAGGGAGAAGGAGAAAAUUGAGGCAAAAAAGGAGAAGGAAAAAACUGAGUUGAAAAAGGAGAAGCAGAAGAUGGAACAUAAAAGGGAAAAAGAAAAGCGUCCUAAAGAGGAGAAGGUUAAGAAACCAUCUUCUACGCAAGUUUCUACAAGAAGAACUUCCCAUCAUAAACCUGAGAAAGAAGAGAGCAAAGAGCCAGAGAAAAAACAAACUCUGCCAAAAUCAAAAAAGUUGAGUAGAGAAGAAAGAAAGUUGGAAGCCAUACUAAAAGCCAUAGAGCAAAUGGAAAAGGCCGACCAAAAGAAGCAAGAACACCAGGCUAAGCAGGCUCAUAGACGAGAAUCUGAACCUGGUCCUGGAAAGGAUGAAGAAAAGCCAGAAAAGGUCAUAAGGCGCAGAAGAAGAGGCAGGGCUAGAACCACAAGUACAAACGCGCAAACCAGACGAACCCGACUAAAUUCGUCAGAAUCUUACAUGACAUCAGGGGAUGAAAAUCUUUUGUCUCCAAAUGAAGCUGCAUCACCGGUAAAACCUCCCAAAGACGAAAAUAGCGACGGCAAGGUAGCCGGGCUUCUAUUGGCUAUUUCUUCCAAUGGAGAUUCUGAUAAUAAGAAGGAUAUAAAAUCGUCACCGGCGGGUGAUCACAGUUCCAGCUCUAGUUCUGCACAUUCAUCACCUGAGACUCCCCAACUGUCUUCAGCUUGUUUACUGGUUCAAGCAGCCGUCGAACCUUUGGAAUCAGGCUUCAAGUUUCCAAAAACCAAAAAAGGAUUAAUGAAUGAGUGGUUAAAUAAAACACCAGAUCCAGUUCAGCUGGCCAGUACUAUGUCCCCAGUAUCUCUAGUUCCUCAGUCGCAACAGCAAGGUGAAGAAACUUGUGUCACCAACAAGAAUUCAAGUGCUCCGGCGGCAAGUUCAGGUGAACCGCAUCCACAGCAGCAUGGUGGAAACGCUAAAAAACGUUGGUUAAGACAAGCUAUUAGCGAGGAUCAAACUCAUGAUGAUGCUUCAGGAAUGUGUCGCCCAGAGUCCCCAACCAUUUGCGAUGCGGUAGCACCUCCGAAGAAGCGCAAACUUCCUAGAGAAUCUUUGUCCAACUCUCCCCCGACUACACCAACCAGGACCGGCUCGACAAAAUGUGUAGACACACCAAGAAUAUGUCAAGAAGGUUCUGUUGAGAUUGUAAGUGGUAUCGAAGAGGACGAUAGUCCCUCUCACAUGAUGGAAUCCGACGCAGAACUAAAAGAAAGAGCUGACAAAAUGAAGCUGGAAUUCGGUAAUACCAUGACUCUAGUGACUCCUGAAACACCUCCUCCUGUAACAUCCCCUCCUGUGGCAUCCAAUACUUUCAGUGGAAUAUUAUCAGAUCCAAGAUUGUGUGGAGGAGCUCCUAAGUUUUUAGAGAAGAAACAUCCAGGAUUGUUUGGUGGAUGUUCUAAAUUUUCGGAGGGUGAACAUUUGGUUGGCCCUGUAAGGAAAACCCUUACUCGUUUGGGGAUUGAAAGUUCUAAGCCGCACAUUAGCCUGCCCGUCAAGAGGAAGAGAAAGAAGGUAACCCCAACAGACAAAUCAGACGAUCAAGAUGACAAGAACGAUUCCCCAUCUCCAGAGAAAUACGAAAACAAUUCUUGCGACUCAUUCAAAAACGAAACCAAAACUCGAUCAAGGAGCUCAAGCACUAGUUCAAUUUCCAGUACAGAUGAAGUAUUGAAACCUGAUGCAAUGACAAGGGCUCCAGUUUUUAACUCAGAACCAACCGAACUGGAAAGACAAAGAGAAACUUGCAGUUUUAGGUUGAAGAAAGUUUUUGGGUUUAACAUUGAUGAAGAAUCUCGGAAGCAACCAGUAAUAGAUAUGGCUUCUAUCAUCAAAUGCGAUAGCGACCCAAAGCCUAAAUCAGCGUUUUCGCACACAAUUGCUUCUAUCCUGGAGUCAUCUAUGUCCCCCAAGUCAAAAGCGCCAGCAGAAGCAGCUCGUAGGGUUGCUAGCCCGCCUAUUUUGACUUCAUCAGUAAUGGCUUUAAUGUUGAAAAAAUGUGAUGAAGAAAUCGCGGAAAGAUUAAAGGAGCGUAACAAGCAACUAAGUCAGGCAAAUGAAAGGGAGGAGGAAAAGAUGGAUGUUGAUAUGCCAACAAAAGAAUUAUUUAAAAGAGAAACAGUAAUUGCAGGAAUGAAUGAAGAUAUUGUAACAAACAAACGUGACGGCGAGAAAGGAGAGGAACAAAAUGUGUUUUAUACGCCGGAUGAAUAUGAGGAUCGUGAGGCGAUGGCUUGUGGCAAGCUGGAAAACCCAAAUUUUGUACCUCCAUUCACCAGUCCGGUAUGUCGCAGCACUUCAGCGAUUGAUAAACACGAUGAUUCUCGUUAUCAAAGCCGCAACCCAUCUCCGCCACCCAAUUUAGAGGCAACUACAUUUGAGAACUCUUAAUAAAAUUGGAAUUCAUUUUGAGUGCAAUCACCAAUAUAAGUUAUUAUCCCUAGUUUAGCAUGUUUUAUAUACUUAUUAAGCAUACAACUAAAAAUUUGUUUAUUAUUGUAUUGUGUUUUUAAAGAUUUAUAUUUUGAUUAGUACUAAGGUCUUAUUAAGGUAUUUGGAACAUUAGGUACAGUGUCCUUAUAAUUAGUGCGGCUUCUACAGCCUAAACAAAAAAUAAAAUAAAAUACAAAAGUUGUGGAAUUUAAAUGUCAAAAUGGGCAAAUGACAGGUGCCAACUGUCAUUAUAACAAACACUUGCAUUUUUUCAAAUGGAACAUU